CUGCACCCGCGUUCGGUCACUCACCGCUCUAUCUUCUUACACCAUGUCUGCCCGUCUUCUGGUUGUGUUAGUCUGCAUGGCAGAGCUGACGGCGUUGAUCGCGGCGGGCGGCGGCGGCGGCGGCCACAAGAAGGUCAUCAUCCACGUGCCUUUGUUCGUGAAACAUCAUCAUCACAAACACACCAUCGUCAAGCACAUUCAUCACAAGAGCGGCGGCGGUGGUGGUGAUGACCACUACGAGGUUUUGGGAUACACUUACGGAGAACCUAAGCCUGCGCCACAUUUCGGAGGAGGACACGGUUGGGGAGCGGCGGAGGAAACUCACGACGGUAGUUACGGUGAGGCUCCCGUCAGCUUCGAAGGUGGUGACCACACGGGCUACGCUCUCUCUUCUGGCGGUGAGGAAGAGUCCUACGGCUCCGAAGGAGGCCACGGAGGAUACUGAGCCUCAAGAUACAAAUAAAACUGUACAUAGCAUAGCUUUAAGGUGUAACAUGGCAUUAGCAGUGAAGUAGCUUAGCAAAUCACUGGGAAAUUAGCGUGCAACAAUUCGAUUUGGAGUACAAAACAACAUUUUGCUUUCAGUACAAAUUUUUACAAUCACAGCACGUUGGUUUCUUACAAUAAUACUCAAAGGGCCCAGUGAUAUAAUUAGCCUCAUUAUAUUUACAUCGUUGUGAAGGUUUGUCUUGAAUGUAUUGUAUGUAGCUUUACAGUUUGACUGUAACCGUGAAGUCCGUCUGUUUGUGUUAUCUAUAAGUUAUCAUUAAGGAACUGUUGUUGUGAAUCCUCCCGGUUUUAAACGGGAAUUUGUUAAUAAUAUUAUAUCUGUUGUUAAUUUAAAA